UAGCAAGUGUGCGCAAGUUGUUACCAUGGUUACUGCAAAGCCAAUGACAUGAGCCGUACCUUCAUUCCUCCCGUAAAACCCCGCCCCGCGACCCAAAAUCCAAUGGUGUGCACUAUCUCCACAGGAAGAGCGGCCCCCGAGCCAAUGGUGCGCGUCGUUUCUAUGGUUCCGGCCGGAAGGAUGCCUUGGCGUCUCUGCGGCCAGUGCGGUUGCUAGGACGCUCGGGCCUGAGAAGGCACCUGCAGCUGGCGGCGGCGCCGCGGCGGCGCGGGUGGAGCCGUGUGACCCGGGACCCUCGCGGCACUCUCCAAAAGACAGUUUCCGACCUAGUUCCUGAGGUUCCCCCGGUUCCCAUCUCAGCCCCGAGGAGGAAAGCGCCCAUCCUGCGUCCCUUUUCAGCAUUCCGCGUCUUUCCCGCUCGUCUCCCCAGUAUGGCCCGAAACAGGAGGAGAGACUGUGUCCGGGCUCUGCCUCUGUAGUCGCGGGCUGGAGUGACUCCGCCUGAAGGCCUGGCCCGGACGAAGUCCUCGGAGCCACCGCUUGCCUUGUUCGUAGGUUCGUGAACAAAGAACUGCCGUUUUCUGCCUUUCCGCCUUAUGUUCAUCAUGCAGAACCUUAAUUCCCGAUGAAGCUCUGGAGGCCUUUUGUAUCUUCAGCAUCAGAUGUCAUCAAGUCAGUUCCCUUCUGCCUUUCCAGCUACAACCUCAUCCAUUUCUCUCAUCACCUUGAGUGCCAGUUUUCUGCUCCUGCUCAUUCCACGCCAUUUCCACCCUUUCUUGUCCACGCUGCACGUCACCGAAUGUCCGUUCAUCUCCACCUCUGCCAUCUACAGACCACCUCCCUCUGUUUUCCUACUACAGUGCUUUGGGUAGCUAACUAUUCCGCAUUCUCCAGCUCUGGGAUCAUCUGGAAGAUUUUCUCUGUUUCUCUGCACUCUGGCAAGCUUCCUGUCUUGGGUAAACUAGAGACUAGCAUGGAGAAGUGCACAUUGAAUGAAGACAGGCUGAGCACUGAUACCAGAAAUUUAGAAGAGCUUACAGUGAAGCAACAUGGAAGCAGUGAAAGAAAAGUGCAAAUAAAAGAGGCUGAAGAAAUGUUGUAUCAAGAGGGCUCAUCUGAAAUAGCUCUGAGCAGCCCCAGUGAACAGAUUGCAUACUUACUGGUAGAAAGAGGUACACUCUUGCGGAAACUGGAAGCCCGGGGCCCAAAGCCAGAGUCACAAAGGUGUAUGACCAGUAACCUACUGAAAGAACUUCCCCAGGAGAAAUUUGAACAAAUCCACCAGCCUCUACAGAGAGAACAGGAGAAAUAUCAGGAACAUGUGCAGCAAUCUGAAAAAAAUCUGAGAGAGUCCCAUAAUGAAGACCUGGAAAAAGAUGAAACAUCACAAAACUGCCUAGAGACAAAUGCAGAGCCUGUAGCAGAGAGGUUAGGGAUGGCCCAGGAAGAGAUCCGAAGGCUCACUGAUGAACUACUGGCAAAAGAGAAAGAACAGAGUAAAUUAGAUUCUGCACUUAAGAAGGCUGAACUAGAAAUUGAAAAAUUGAAAGAAAAUUUGAUAAAGAAAGAGAAUGAUUCAAUUGGCCUACAGAAAGCAAAGGAACAUAAUCAGAGACUGGAUGAGGAAAUUCUGGCUUUAAGAAAUCGGGUUCGGUCACUUGACUCAGAGAAAAAAGUGCUUGGAGAAGUAGUUGAGAGGCUCAGAGGAGAGAUUCAUGAAUCUCAAGAGAAUAAGGAACUUGGAAAUGACUCCCCUGGGAAAACUGUGGGUGCUGAACAGAGAGAACAGCUGCCUGGGCCCUAUAGCCCAGCCCUCUUAGGUAUCAUGGAAACUACAGCUACAGGAUUUCUUGGCUCUGAAUCAAGGAGAUAG